UCGGUGACCUGGGUAUGGUGGAACAUCUCCAAAAGGAUACUACAAGGAAUCAAAGUUCAUUACCAGCUGAACAAGAUGUCGCAGUUGAUCACUCGUCGUAGGAGUGUGACCAAUGCGCCUCCCGCAUUAUCAGCAUUUACUGCUCCAUCCGUGAGUGCUCCAUUGAUUGGGGAGCCUACACCCCUUACUGAGGCUACUGCUACAGCAUCCCAGGUGCCUGUAUCAUCGACGUCAUCAGUGUCGGUUCAGUCGCUCAGUGCACGGCGGCCUCACCGGCACCGCUGCGAUUUGGAGUCUUCUGUUCACACUUCCUCAUCAUCCAGAGUUGAGGAUGGGGGCUCCCAGCCAGCUAAAAAAAGAACCAGGGGGCCUAAUCGAAUGCUGAAGACGGCACAGAAUGUACGUCUGUCUGCCUCCUUGAUCAAGAUUGCAUAUGACUCGCGACAUCGUGGAGCGGCUACCUCACAGCAACAUAGCAUCGUCGCUACUAGCUGUGGUUGUGUUAUUCGGAAUUGUUGUCCUAUGCAGUGGGAGACUUGGGCAGAAAUUCCUCAGGAGACGAAGAUACUGGUGCGAGACAAGUUGUCGGUCAAUUUUGAUUUUAAGGACAUAUACCCUGAGGUCAUCACCUACUUAGACGAGACCUUCGCAAAUCGGUACAAAAAUUGGAAGAGCAAUCUUCAUGCGCAUUUUAAGAAAUUUAAUGAUCCAGAGGUUGCUCGCCUAGAGGGUUGCCCAUCCGAGUUGGAGGACCGGCCAGAGGAUUGGGAAUGGCUCUGCAACCAUUUUACGGACCCAAAAUUUGUGAAGAAAUCUGUUGCUGGCAAGAUAGCUAGGGAGUCUAAGACACUUCUCCACCAUUCCGGUUCGAAGCCCUUUUCGUAUAGGCUUGAGACACGACGUCAGGUAAAAGUAUAUUAAUUUUGAAAUUUUAUACAAUUUAUUUUUUAUUAUUGAUUAAUAAAAUUUUCCUAAUGGUUUUUUUUUUUUAGGAGGGUUCUAAGUUCCCAGAGAUCGACUUGUUCAAGGACGUUUACGUUCGACCUGGCAAUAAGAUCGCUGAGCAGCUUCAUGUAAGUAGAUGUAAUUGUUAUUAUUCUUAUAUUUAUGAAUCGUUCAAAUAUUAUUUAUAUUUUGUUAUUAACCAUUAUACGUUUUUUCUUUAUUAUUACAGGCUACUAUGGUGGAAAAGGGCGAUACUGUUCUCCAAUAAGCAACAUCGCAACUUCCCUCGGAAACCCCGAUGGAGGACGUCACUUUACCCGAGGAUGUAGGUUUUUAGAUCAUGACUGAGGUCCUGGAUCAAAAGUACAGUCGUCGUCAUGGCAAGGUUGUUCGGGGUAUGGGGAAGGCGCGGGUUCAUGAGACGGGUGCCUCUUCUUCCAAAUCGACCACAGGAGAGGUCAACGCCCUGAAGGAGGAAGUGACAACCCUAAAAGGUCAGCUUGCAGCCCAGGACGAGCAGAUAAAGGCCCAAAGUGAGCAGAUGAGGGCCCAGAACGAGCAUAUAAAGGCGGAGAACGAGCAGAUGAGAGCUGAGAACGAACAGAUGAUGGCGCAUAUGAGUAUGAUUGUACAAGCCUUAGCGGUGUCCAGUCUCCAAAUCCAGCUGACAGCACCUGAUCUUACUCCACCUUCGACCUCCCAGCCACCUCACCUACCCGAUACCCAGUAGUUUUCAAACCUAGAAGACUACUUGUUGUAGUUUUUUCUUUUUUUGUUUAGACAUCUUGUAUGCACAUUUUCAUAUGGUUUAUAAUUAAAUUUUUUCUUGGUUUA